UGUCAUUGUUGACCCAAUGGUUUUACUGGCUCUGGUGGGAGGCUACUCGCUCUGAAAGGAGGGAUGAGAGGAGGUUAGGCGGAAAAAUAGGAAACCGGUGGAUGUCCGUGAAUAGCAAAACCCCUCAGGCUCCCCGACAGACUGAUAUGUCAUUGGACCAAUGGGGUGUUGACAAUGCAGGCGCAGAGGUUGGCCAGGUGAGAUGUAAGACCCGCCCACUGUGUGUCCUACUUCACCUGCAGAGGAACAGGAAUCUGUAGGGGGGAAAAAAGACCCCAACAAUUCUGCUGAAUCAAAUCAACUGAAGUGAUUUAAAGAAAAUGGCGGAAAAUCUAACAAAUGGGUACUGGUAGUGAAUGCCACUACAAACCACCUCAGCCUUCCCCUUGAGAGAGGAUUGCACCUCCUGCUGAUUCCUUGACAUCUGGCGGAUUCUUUUCUUACAUCUCAUGUAUUUGGUACAUUGCAAUCAACCCCAGGCAUCCUGCUGGCCCACCAACCCAUUAGACCAAGAGGACUUCCAGGCGUCCUGCUGACUCACCAACCCAUUAGACCAAAGGUCAGAGGGCAACAUCAGAGUUAGCUUAGGGUUACAACAUCAGGGCUUACAAGUCUCAGUAAGGGCUAUCUCUUCAAGAGAGUGGGAUUCCGAAUCACCUCUGAAACACAGUUCCACAGCUCUGAUCCCUCCCUUCUCUGCGCCCGCUGAGAGGAGGUCUGAUCUGAUCACAGCUCUGAUCCCUGUCUCUGUCUGUCUCUUAAUUUUCCUGUCUCUGUCUGAGAGCACCCAAGAGCCAGAGUCCCACCGUUUGGGUCUCUCCCUCCUCUUUCUCUGUCUGAGGAGAACCUGGUCUGCCCCUUUCCUCCUUGCUAAGUAGGGGGAACUAUAGCAGGCACCAUGGGGUGUGGUGGCAGCAGGACCGAUGUUCUGGAGCCCAGGUACCUGGAGAGCUGGACCAAGGAGACAGAGUCUACCUGGCUGACCAGUACAGACACAGACAUCCCACUCUCCUCCAUACAGAGUAUGGAUAUCCCUUCUGAGAACUCAUCGGAAAGCUUCGUCUCUGAGAAAACCAUCACACCUGAUGCAGAUUUCUUUGAAGACGGCUUGCCUGCCCCAGCCCAGGCCUAUCUGCAGGUGUGCUCUGACAUGUCUGAAGCAGGACUGAACAAUGUAAAGCCGAGUGCCCACCCUGCAAUACUGCCCUCCCUCCACCAGGCGCUUCAGCCCUCACCUGUCACAGUACAGAGAAGGAGCGUCCUACGCACUGAGGAAAUAACUAAAUGGCAAGACAACAGGAUGUCCACUAAGCAGGUAACCAUCACAGUGACACAGAGCAUCAGACACGUGGACAAGAGUGGGAAGAUUAAGGAGAAGUCCCUCACCACCUUCGAGGUCAUGAAGCCUGUGGAGGGCCUGAAGGAUGUGGCUGAAGCACGUAGUAGGAACAUUAGGGAAUAACACUGUGAUACACUGAGGUCUGAGGGGUAACAAGGGGGACAAAGCUAAUGACAGAGUGUGGUUUGGAAAAUCAAUGGCAGAACGUGGUUUGGAAAGUCAAUGACAAGAGUGUGGUUUGGAAAGACAAUGAACGCUAUGAGAAAGACUGUAUUGCUGAAUGGACUUUACUUUGAGGGGGGGAGAGAGAGACAAUGAUACCAAAAUGCUGUUUGAUGUUCAUGAGGAUGAAAAAGAUAAUGAUUUGAUUUUAGAGAGAUAUAGGGUUUGAAUCCAUGGCACAAUUGGUCCCGCUUUCUUGCCUGGGACCCAGACCUGAUAAGCAAGAUACCUCUACGGACAUGACACCAAAUACUGUUAGGAUGAGAGAGUUUGUGACUUUGUCUAACAAAGAUUUUAUAAACUGGGCUUGGGACCAAGAUGUAAAAAAAUAAAAUAGUACAAGUACAACUUUGACCUGGUAUGAACUGAACUGCACUGUAGUGGCUGAAUGAUCGGCCAUAUUGAAGACAUAACAUAAACUAAUGUUCCUAAACAGGAAACGUGUCUUGAAGUAGCUAGUUUUGUAAUGUACUGUAUAUGUUUAGUAUUUCUAUGGGCAACUCGUUGGGCAGUGUUUGUUUGGUCUUGAUGGGAUGAAAAACUGUUUUUAGAGUACGAUGUUUUACAAGAAGGUACGUCUUCUAAUGAAUAGGCACUUUUUUGUGAACAAAACUUUAUGAACUAGCUAGUGACUUUACAAACGAAUGACUUUAUGUACUAGUGACUUUAUUAACUAGUGACUGAAUGGCUUGAUUAAGAGGUCAUGCCACUAUAUAUCUAGUAUAUAGAGCUCUACGUGAACAGAGCUUGAUUCAAUCAGAGAGACAAUUUAGUUUCAAACGGAUUGACUUGUGAAGUGUGAUUAUUUAAAUCCUUCUAGUGCAGGAAUGGGCCCC